GAGAAGCCCCUGGCUGAGGGCUGAGGGCUGAGGGCUGAGGGCUGAGGCCUGAGGCCUGAGGGCUGAGGCCUGAGGGCUGAGGGCUGAGAAUAAAAGAUGAACUCUUCCCAGGCUCACCUCAGCCCUACCUGAUGCUCCUGCCUGAAGCCUGAUCUCCGUGGAUGGACGGAGGGAGUGUUCCCAGCUUGGAGACUCCAGGUCUGCUGGUGAGGGACAAAGGGCCCCUGAUUCCAAAGGUGUUCGGAUGGAGAUGGCAAGCUCCUCGGGCGCCUGGCUCUCCGGCUGCCUCGUGGCACUCGUGUUCCUCUGCCUGCCCAUGCGUGUGUCAGGGGACACUGGCAACUUCCACCUGGCCCCGCUAGGGGGCACAGCCGAGCUGCCCUGCCCGCUCGCCCUGUGGCCGGUCACCGUGCCCACCGCGGUGACGUGGCUGCGGUCCCCACACCCGGACCGCUCCCAGGCGGUGCACGUGUUCCGGGACGGGAAAGACCGGGAGGAAGGCGUGAUGCCGGAGUACAAGGGGCGAACGGCCAUGCGGAGGGACGCCCGAGAGGGGAGCGUCAGCCUGGAGAUCCGCCAGGUCCGGCUGGAGGACCGAGGGCAGUACCGAUGCCAGGUCCAGAUCGGAAACCUGACUCGAGAGGGCACCGUGACCCUGCAGGUGGCUGUUGUAGGCUCCGACCCUUACAUCCACGUGAAGGGCUACGACGCUGGAUGGAUCCAUCUGGUGUGCAGGUCGGCGGGAUGGUUCCCAAAGCCUUGGGCCGAGUGGAGAGACCCUCAGGGCAGGGUGCUUCUAUCGCUGUCGGAGGCCCAUUCCCUGGAAGCUGGGCUCUUCCGGACAGCGGUGUCCAGCAGAGUCAGGGACAGCACGCUCGGGAACGUGUCCUGCACCUUCCGCAACUUGGCCCUUGGCCAAGAGAAGACGGCAGCCAUGGUCAUAGCAGCCCCAUCUCCAGGGAAGAUCUCCUCCUCAGCAAUGGCUCUUGCUGUGAUCCUGCCUUUCCUGGGGCUUCUCAUCAUGGCAGGCAUUUGCCUCAUUUGGAAGCAAAAAAGAUCCAAAGAGAAUCUUCUCUAUGAACAGGUGGUGGAGGUAGAAAAUCUUCUCUCAGACCACGCAAAAGAAAAAGGAAGGCUCCAUAAAGUGCUCAAGACCCUCCGGAAUGAACUGAAGUUGAAGAGAGCUGCAGCGAACUCAGGCUGGAGGAGGGCCCGGCUGCACUUUGUGGCAGUGACCCUGGACCCGGACACAGCACAUCCCAAACUCAUGCUGUCUGAGGACCGGAGGCGUGUGAAACUUGGAGAAAGAAAGCAGCCUGUGCCCGACGGCCCCCAGAGAUUUGACUUUGUCGUCAGCGUCCUGGGAGCUGAGUACUUCACGGCGGGCUGUCACUACUGGGAGGUGUUCGUGGGAGAUAAGACCAAAUGGGCCCUGGGGGUGUGUAGCGAGUCUGUGGGCAGGAAGGGCAAGGUCACCGCCACGCCGGCCAAUGGACACUGGCUUGUAAGACAGAGUAGUGAGAAGAAGUAUGAAGCUCUCACAUCCCCGCAGACCAUCCUGCGCCUGAAAGAGCCCCCACAGUGUGUGGGGGUUUUCCUAGACUAUGAAGCUGGAGUCAUUUCCUUCUACAAUGUGACCAGCAGAUCCCACAUCUUUACUUUCACCCACAGUUUCUCUGGCCCCCUUCGCCCUUUCUUCGAGCCUUGCCUUCAUGAUGGAGGGAAAAAUACAGCGCCUCUAAUCAUUUGCUCGGAACUCCAGAAAUCAGAGCCACCAACUGUCCCCAAGCCAGAAGAAAAAGGCCAUGCUAAUGGAGACAUGGCCAUGAAGGUGGACCCUUCCUUACUCCCCCCUCAAGCACCGGAGCUUUCCCCACUCAGGGAUAUGAUCCUGCCCUGGCCUUCUGACAUUGGCCCUGCCCUUCAGGGGCUCAAAGUUCCUUCUUUUUAGGGCUGUGCCUCAUUAUCUGCCCCCCUGAAGGUCCGGCACCGGGCCCUGCAUUUUAGGCUGCUGGCCCAACACCUGAUUCUGAUGCUGGCCCAACAUCCCAUCUCCUUUCCCCAAAUCUAGACCUUGUGAUUUCUGUUCAUAUCACCUUCCUCCCAGGACUCAGUUCUAAAUUCUGUCAUCCUUCUGGGGACUUAAAGUUCCCACUGUCCUGGAAGAAUUCUUGAAAACCAGACGAACAAUCACAUUAAGUUUAGGUGGUGAUGGUGAAUGUGUGUCACCAAGAUACAGGUGUUCUCUACUCGAGGGGCUAUUUAUAGAGGAACUUCACUCUACUUCAGCUUGCUCUUGACCUCUUAGUCAUGAGGUAAUGGUGCCCAGUCCCUGACUUUUCUCUGAUCCCCUCCAGAAUGGCGUUUCUUCUUUUCUCAGGGCAGGCCUCUAGCUCCCAAAGUCAGCUUUUUAAAAGUAAACAUUUUUUGGGUCACACACUCUUCCUUCUUUCUUCUGGAACAGGGGGUAGGUCAGCUAGAGGGAUAAAACAGGCCAUCCUUUCUUUUCUAUUUCCUUGAUGCUUUUUUGCAGCAUAGUGUCCUGACAUCCAGAGCUAAUGUACAUGUUUUCAAAGCUAACUUACCUAUUGAUGAUAACCAGGUAUAAGAAUUUUAAAUGAGGUAGCCAUAAUCCCAAAAAGACUGCAGAGUACAAUCACGGAGCUGGGACACACAGCUUCAAACACAGCAGCCCAGCUGUGUGUGUGACCUUGAAAAAACAGCCAUGGAUGAGUUCGUCUGUUACCCUGGCCCUUUUGAAUCUCCUCCCGGGAUUUAGAGAGG